UCUUUCUGAAUAUACGUCAGUGUGGCGAGGAGACGCGUUAGAGUUACACUACUAAACGCAAGCGGAAGUUGCACAAACAAAUCUGACGUUCGUGCACGCGGUUGUGACAAGAGAGCAUCUUGCCUUCACGGCUUUUUUUUCUGCUAAUACGAAAAGUUUCAUCGAAUUUUGUCGAUUUAAGGAGAUUUCCACGUAUUUUCUCGAGUUCCUAAUAUUCGAAGAAAAAAAAAAUUUUGUGAUUUUUUUUAACUGAUGUGAAUGAAAUAAAAUACAAGUUUUAUCAUGUUUCGCACUUGGAAUCACAACUUCUUGAUGUUGUAUCUUCUCAUCACUAAUACAGUAUGGCCUGCAAAAGGAGGAAUGUCAAAUUCUGAAAGGAACAUGAACGCUAUCCCAGAAGUUGGCACUGUUGGUACGAUAGCAGCUCCGAUACCCUCGAAUCGCUUCGAACCGUAUUUUGACGCCCUCGUUCCCCAAAAUGUAACAGCCCUGGUGGGAAAAUCAGCAUACUUGACAUGCAGAGUCAGGAACCUCGGCAACAAAACGGUAUCCUGGAUACGACACAGGGAUAUACACAUAUUAACUGUGGGCAGUUACACCUAUACCAGCGACCAGCGGUUCCAGGCGAAUCAUCACGCUGAGACAGACGAGUGGACUUUGCAAAUUAAGUGGGCUCAAAAGCGUGACGCAGGAAUCUAUGAAUGUCAAAUUAGCACUCAGCCUGUGAGGAGUUACUUCGUUAAUUUGGAGGUUGUAGAAAAUUCCGAUGAAGAGCGAACCUAUCAGGACGAGGAAGUUGAAGCUGUUGUGGAGAAACCGUGCACGUGCACUUGUCGAAAGAAAAACUGGCCAGCCGAUGCAGUGCCGACAGCACAAAUUCUAGGCGGGCCGGACCUUCACGUGGACAAAGGAAGCACCAUCAAUCUCACUUGCUCCAUCCGAUUCAGUCCAGAACCACCAGCUUACAUAUUCUGGUAUCAUCAUGACGACGUUAUCAGCUACGAUUCCACCCGUGGAGGGGUUAGCGUAAUCACCGAAAAAGGAGAUGUCACGACUAGUUUCCUUCUGAUCCAGCAUGCAGACAUUUCGGACUCAGGAAAGUAUUCAUGUAGUCCAUCCAACGCAGAUGUCGCCAGCGUUAGAGUUCACGUACUAAAUGGAGAAAGGCCAGCAGCAAUGCAAACGGGUUCUGCUGGGUUAUCAAACAGCUCAUUGAACAUUAUCAUCCUCAUGGUUCUAUCUUAUAUUUGCUCUUCAUGGUAUCUCGAUAUCUCCGAUAGCACAAGCCUGAGUUUCCUGUCUUCAGUGGGUAGGUAGCUACCAGCAGACAUGGUGAGUAGUCCACAUUGCUAAUUUGCAACCUGAAGAGCUUGAUCAGUACUGAAGAAGAUGUUUUUUGUAUAUAAAACUGGGGAUGUAUUAUCUCAACGUCUUGGUAGAUGACCUGUUAUGUGUAAAUACAUUUGUUUGAAGUGUUUUGUAUAUGUUCGAUUGCGAGGAAAUGUAAGAUGUGUGAUAUGUAGGAGAAUAAGAACUGUUGCAUAUGUCAGGGGCAAUAAGAUUUGAAAGUUGAAAUGUCAAUUUUGUAAAGAGUUUAUUUUAAAAGUGUUAGGCGAUCAUUUGUGAAGAAUUGAGAAGAUACAAUGGAAGUAUAUUUAUUGUUAAUUGUUAGUCAUAUAUAGAACACUUCGAUCAUCGAUAUACGUUGAUCACAUUAAACUCACGAACUUAUAAGUGUAAAUAUCCAUUGGUAAUCUAAUAUUAGCUACACUUCAAUCAUAUGAAUUCAUAAGUUGUUUGAUUAAAUGUAGAAUUCACUUGAAAUGAAAUGAUAACUAUCAUUACCGAAUUAACCUGUCUCCUUAGAAGUGAAUAAUAUUUCCAUUCACAAAUCACAAUCUUUCCUAUGUUCCCUAAAACUGUCAAGGUUCAUACUCGAUUUGGUUGAAGUUGUCAUAAGAAACGGACGUUUUUUUCUCGACGAUUGAAUUUGUAAUAGGUACUUAUUGUUAACUUUUUACGUGAAAGUUUUUCACCUGUUCAGAUUUAAACUGUAGUUAUAUUGUGGAGUAAUAUCGCAAUUGUUCUAAUGAUGAACAAGUCUGAAAAGCAUAACGUUCUGGUUCAAUAGGGGUCAAUUCCAUCGUUUGUUAGCGAACCAACCAGGCCUAUAGUCCCUUUUGACACCCUGUUCCCUUUUGUUGGAAACGAAAAUACAAUAUGGAGUUAUCUGAACACCAUAAAUAUUCGGCUAGAAACAAAUUUCGUAGAAUCCGAGAGAGCGGAAUAUUCGCGGAUGGAUUUUUUGCAAAGUGUACCACUGACAGUCGCAUUGGGCAACUGCACGAAUUGAAAAUCCCCCGAAGAUUAGAACGUUAACGAAAUAACAUCCGUGGAUUAACGUAUUUCAGAAUCGUUUAUGUGAGAUUCCGAAAAAAGUCGCUUUCCCCAAAAAACGUAUAAUCCGUGAUUGGCAGUUGCGGUAAGAAGUAGCGAAAGGAAUUACAAGCCAAAGAAAGGAGCGAAUCCUGAUACUGGUAGAUUUGGCGAUACCGCAAAUAUAGCGCUCGUUGAAUCACACCGAAUUGGAACUGACACUUAGGGGAAACCUUCAUAGUGUCAUCCAGAGUGAGACAGUUUGGCAAUGCGGGCACAUGAAACUUUCAGAAAUGUAUGUUGGAUUAUCGAUUAUCGUAAACAUCCCUUGAUAUGGAUUCCUAGAAGUUCAUCAAAAAGAGGGAGUAUUCUAAAUAUUAGCAGAAAUAAAGGAAUGCCGGUUCUUGAAAUUGUAACCACACUUUAAUGGUUGAGACUGUUAAGUUUUGGAAGAAUUACUGGGGGAGACUAUCUUUUCACAGACAUUGUUGUGAUAAAAAUCCAUAUAUUUGAAAACUAUUGAAAACAGUUUGUGCAAUUGUCCAGUGCAUUAUUUCUUCAAUUACUUAGUAUAGAUAAUUAAUUGAAAUUGACACUUGAGGAAAACCUUCAUAGUGGAACAGUCAUCCAGAGUGAGACAGUUUGGCAAUGCGGGCACAUGAAACUGUCAGAAAUAAUUCCUAGAUUCCUAGAAAAAGGAGGAAUAUUCUAAAUAUUACCAGAAAAAAGUACUGCCCUUUCUUGAGAUUGUAACCAUACUCUAAUGGUUUACACUUUCUUUAUUGCAUUUCCGGAUGAGACUUCUAUUUCACAGACAUUGUUGUAAUAAAAUUCCAUAGAUUUGAAAACUGUUGAAAACAGGAUGUGCGAUUGUUCA